CAUGUAAUGUUCAUCUCGACGAAGAAACCUCAAGAUCAAUGUUUUUCCUGAUUUCUUUGUUGCAAAGUAAUCAGGGCGGGGGCCAAAUCUUAUUCUGCCAAGAACAAGACAGGACACAAUAUGGCGUCGUUGUAAAGAUACUAAAAAGUAGCCCUGCACAAGUCCAGCACUAAUGAAAAACCCCCAAUUAGAUUCCAUAUAAAACCCUCUUCGAUCAACUUGUGCAAGGCAAGGCAAGGCAACGCUGAGCGAAUCCUCGAGCUCAAUCGAUUACUCUCUUCUGAAAUCUCAUGAUGCAAGCAAAGAAAGGAAUUGGAAACGGAUUAGUCCCGAUCUUACUCUCUUUUAAGCCCGCCUCUUCUUCUUCGUCCUCUCCCUUUUCUUCCCUUUCUGUCUCCAUGGCCGUCUUCAGUUUCCAGCUCAACUCGAAGAUAAUUAUAAUGCUCCUUCUGUUCAAUCUUUUGUGUUCAGAUUUUUCCCAUUUACAGCUUUGCUCGGCUCUCGGCAUCAACUACGGCCAAGUCGCCGACAACCUCCCCUCGCCGGAGCAAGUCCGCGCCCUGCUUACCUCGCUUAGGAUCAGCAAAGUUAGGAUUUACGACGCGAACCCCCGCGUCCUCGCCGCCUUCGUCGGCACUGGCAUCGAGCUCAUCGUCACCGUCCCCAACGACGCCGUCGCGCUGCUCGCCGACCCGCGGCAGGCUCUCCAGUGGCUGACCACCAACGUGCGCCCCUUCGUACCCACCACCAGAAUCACCGGCAUCGCCGUCGGAAACGAGGUAUUCACCGGCGACGACCCGGCUCUGAUGUCCAACCUCGUCCCCGCCAUGCUCGCCCUCCACGCCGCCCUCGCCGAGCUCGGUCUCGACGCCUCCAUCCACGUCUCGACCGCGAACUCCCUCGCGGUGCUCGCCACCUCGUACCCUCCGUCGAUGGGCGCGUUCAAACCGGAGCUAUCCGGGCUAAUGCUGCCGUUCCUGCAGUUCCUGGAGACGACGGGGGCGCCGUUUUGGGUCAACGCCUACCCGUACUUCGCCUACAAGGACGACCCGGCGGCAGUGUCGUUGGACUACGUGCUGGCCAACCCCAACGCCGGCACGGUCGACCCCUACACUGGUCUACGCUACGACAACAUGCUGUACGCGCAGGUGGACGCCGUGGCGAUGGCGGCAGCGCGAAUGGGAUGCGGCGGGGUGGACGUGCGGGUGUCGGAGACGGGGUGGCCGUCGAAGGGUGACGCCGACGAGGUCGGCGCGACUGUGGAGAACGCGAGGGCGUACAACAGGAACCUGCUCGGCCAGCAGAUGAGGGGGGAGGGGACGCCGCUGCGGCCGGAGCAGAGGUUGGAGGUGUACCUCUUCGCACUCUUCAACGAGGACAUGAAGCCCGGCCCAACAUCCGAGCGAAAUUAUGGGCUUUUCGAGCCCAAUUGCAGCAUGGUUUACAAUGUGGGCCUUGUCGGGCCGAAAUCAUCUGCCUCCAUUUCCCUCACUUCUUCUGCAUCAAAGGUUUUGCAGGGAAAGGGAAAGGAAGAGGGGAGGUUGUGGAAAAAUAUGGGGAGACCAUGAGCCACUUACCACUUCACUAGUUACUUCCUGUCUUCAAUGAGCCAACUGCGGGAGGGAUUGCAACUCGCAAGCACUCAAAGGCAACGCCACUUUGCGACGCGUAUCGCAUCCCACUUUUAGUCUUUUUAUUUGCUCGGUUUGUAAUUAAAGUGUCAGUAUAUAUAAACUACACAAAGAAGAGCUAAUCACAUAGUUAAUGCUUUAAUGGGAAUCUGUUCCUUCUCCUAUUCAAUUAACUCUACACUCUCUGCCCAGCAGUACUGCACAUCAUCAAAGUCUCAGUAUAUGUUGAAUGAAAUAGUAAGAAAAAAAAUUGUUUUGGUAAAUGUUGAAUUGCAACCUCGGCGAGGGGAAAAAAUAUUAAUGGAAAUGAGGAACGAAUAACAUAGUAUGGACAAAGAAAAGAAAA